AUGCUCUUUAGGAAAUCCAAAUGCAAGCGUAGACAGCCAAAAUGCGUCCCUUUAGUUUCCACAUUCUCAAAGUUCUCCUCGUGUUUCUUUGAAGACCUCCACGACGCCUUCGUCCUGUUUGACGUCAACCACGAUGGUCGGAUUACCGAGUCAGAAUUGAAUUCCGUGCUGAAUUUCCUAGGAAUAAAGGCCAGCCCAUCGGACGUUAAGAAGAUGAUUGCUGACGCUGAUAUCGACGGCAACGGCACAGUGGAGUAUAAUGAGUUUAUUCGAAUGAUGAAUCGGUACUCUGAGAAGGCCGCCAACUGUCCGGACGCCGAAAUGUUGGAAGCGUUCCGGGUCUUCGACCACAAUAAUGACUCGUACAUCGACCACGACGAAAUCAAGAGGACGAUGCACUUCCUUGGCGAGACAGUCUCCGACGAGGAAGUCAGAGCCAUGAUCCAGGAGGCCGACACCGAUCACGAUGGCCUUGUUGAUUUUGAAGGUUGGUCUCCCUACAUGCCCGUUUUUAUCUGUUUCCAAGAUCUUAAUCAAAGCGGUUGCGUGAUCACGCAACCAGUAUUUGUUCACUUUUUUAAUGGAAAGAUUGUUGUCCAAAGUGAAGAUGAUUCGUUCUAG